GAACAGCCUCGAGUAUUACUCUCUUUAUUGAGUAAACCUUCUUAAACCGCUAGUUUGGUCGCAUACUGUCAUGUUUCGGUGACCAUUGGCUCCAACCAUUUGGAUUCCCCGUCUCUCAUGGUUUGCUGGAACAAUGACUCUACGACUUGGCCCAAAUCUCCUCGAUUCCUCGAUAUCAGAAAGCAAAACCAGAGGGUUAUUGGUGCCGCGAGGGCCUACUUCAAAAAAUGCGUCGAGAGCCAUAACUGUUCUUCAUCGUUGAAUAUUCAUAUCCCGACUCGUCUCAUCAAUGUUGGCAUCGAAGGGGAUGAAAUGAUACGAUUAUUCGAACCAGGCAACAGCCAGGUACCUAUAAAAUCUGCGGCGCUAUCAUAUUGCUGGGGCGGCCAGGUCAACACGUUUAAGACUACCUCUCAGAACGUUGAUGUCCAUUAUGCCAAAGGAUUCUCUCUGUCCUUACUCCCUCGUACUAUACGUGAUGCAGUUGAAGUCACGCGGGACCUGGGCAUCCUUUAUCUCUGGGUUGAUACCUUGUGCAUCAUUCAGGGCGAAGACGAAACUGCCAGGGAUGAUUGGCACUCUGAAGUUAAUCGGAUGCAUGAAGUGUAUCGCGGCGCAUAUGUGACUAUAUCAGCUGCAUCUGCGUCGAAUGCUGAUGGGGGUCUUUCAUCGUGCGGUCACUGUAUCGUCCCCUGUACUGGUGAAUGUUGGUAUGCUUCUUUCUAUUUAGAACUUCCUGGUGAAGAUCCAAUUGAAACACGAGGCUGGACCCUUCAAGAGCAUGUUUUGUCUUCUAGGUUACUCGCAUUCACAAACCAUGGCGUUCAAUGGCGAUGCAAUCAAAUGGCGAGGGAAACGAGCAGAAUGGAAUUAAUGGACCUAAGACCUAAUAUUACAUCGAAUUGGAUAGCACUUGUGGAAAAUUAUUGCCUUCGUGCCCUAUCAGUCGAGAGCGACAAACUUCCCGCCAUUGCAGCCUUAGCCCACGAACAUGCUAAAAUUACUGGCGAUAAGUAUCUCGCAGGACUUUGGGAUUCUAAUAUAUUACAACACCUUCUAUGGUAUUGCCGGACCGGUGAAUCCCGUCGCCCUGGAAGCUACCGAGCUCCUACAUGGUCAUGGGCAUCGGUAGAUGCACGCGUGAAAUCCAAACGCGUAGAUCAAUGUGCAAGCCUAGAGGAGGUUUGGCAUUUUUUCCUCAAAUGGGCCGGGGUGACGGAGCUACUUGCAGAAGUAAUCAAAUGCGAAGUACAGCUGGAAAAUCCCGAAUACCCUUUCAGCAAAGUCGUUAGUGGAACACUGACGAUAAGUGGCCUUGUAUAUGGCCCCAUACAGACGGUUAAGUCUACCGAUCCAGACGGUAACGCUGUUCUCGCUAGUACCAGUGCGGGCAAUGUCGGAAAAUUAUAUUACGAUCCCACUUGGUCCAUACAAAAUUGUCGACCAACCUCCUACAUUGUCAUAUCAAGCGCAUAUCUGGAACACGCAUCCGCUAUUGCGAUCCGUCCUAUUGAUGAUAGCAAUGACGUUUCCAUUCGCGUUGGUCUCAUCAUAGCUUAUUAUAGUGAGUCGGAGAAUAUGAUACAAGAUGGAGAGGUUAGGACGAUCAAAAUCGUGUAGCCGCUCGCGCUUUAAUUUAGAGAGGGUUCCAGUCUAUGGAAGUCUUCCACAGAAAAGCAAACACUACC